CUUUCUUUUCUUUUUUUUUUUGUUAUGGAAUCAAUAAAACCUAAACGAUUUUCCUUUGCUAGUUUUGGAAGAGCGUUUUCUUUUAAUAACAAUAACUCUGUUCCAAAGCAACAAACAUCAACAAAAGGUGAUUCAAAAGACUAUGAUAAAGAGCCACAUCAUCAAAGUAGACGAUCUCAAAAAUCAAAAAGUCUUUAUGUAAAAUCAACGAAUAAGACGAUUCAAACAGCAGAGAUAAAGGAUAUUCGUCGUUCUAUUCGACAUUCUUUAGCAUCUGUCUUAUAUGCAGCUCCACAUAGUAUGACAUCGAAAGAGGGUAACAUGCUUGUCCCAGUUUUAGUUACCUCGGAGCUUUCAGAAUCGUUGGGUGGCGUGUUAGUAGCAAACAACGACAAACCUCAUUCAGAGGAAGAAGAAGAAGAAGGGCAAAAGAAGAAAAAAGUGCAAUCAAUAGAAUAUGAUCAUACAUUAGAGAUAGUGUACAAUAAAGAUAGCAUGACUAUUUUAUGGCAAGGAUAUGGCUAUACAAUAGAUGAAAAGGCAAUCGUUGACACUAAUAAUAUAAUGUCAGCGUAUGAAAAGGAUAGAUGGGAAUCCUAUCAGGGCUUAAUACAUCCAAUUCAUUUAUUCUCACUGGAUAUAACAUUAAAUGUGACUGAAUUAAAACGUUAUUAUGAUAAUUAUGGUUCAAUGAUGUUAAAGAUUCGUGAAAUUAAAAUGCUCAACCAACAACAGCAACAAUACCAUCCCUUCUCAAAAGAUACCAUUUAAAAUAUUUAUAAGCUUGAUCAAUUCGAUUAUUUAUUGUAUAAUAAAAAAAAAUAAAG